GUGCGAUUCGUGCGCCCUAGUCCUUUCAAGCAACAGUCUGAAGCUUAUCUAACUAACUCUGGAUGAGAAGAAUCAGAAUUAGCUUGCCUUAUCAGGACUCUGUUUAACAGGCACUCGACUGUCAGCAACUCGCGGGCUUCCCACCAUGUUCCGCUCUAAUUACUACGAAGACGACCCGAUGGAUGGUGUCUUCAGCUCCUCCAUGCUCCGCCAUGGAGGUGCGACUCGCCGUUUCGACGAGUAUUACCGCUGCUACCCUGUUGCUAUGAUGCCGGGCCCUGAGAGAGAGAACGUUAAUCACGGCGGCAAAGUCAUCAUGCCGCCCAGUGCACUAGACAAGCUGACUCGACUACAUAUCACAUACCCUAUGCUCUUUGAGUUGCAUAAUGGUGCACGAGGACAGAUGACCCACGCGGGUGUGUUGGAGUUCAUCGCUGAAGAGGGGAAGAUCUAUCUGCCUUUCUGGCUCAUGCAAACCCUCGUCCUCGAACCUGGUGACCUAGUCCAGGUCAAAUCGACCGACCUCCCCCCGGGCCAAUUCAUCAAGCUUCAAGCGCAGUCGACGUCGUUCCUAGAUAUCAGUGACCCUAAGGCUGUGCUAGAGAAUGCAUUCCGCAACUUCUCGUGCCUGACGAAGGGCGAUGUCUUCACAUUCGCCUACAAUGAUCAGGUCUACGAGAUGGCCGUCUUGGAAACUAAACCGGCCAACAACACAAAUGCCAUUUCUGUCCUCGAAACAGAUUUGGAAGUCGACUUUGCGCCUCCAGUAGGAUAUGAGGAACCCCAACGACCAAGUGGCACAAGUACUCCCCGAAGUGGCAUGAGUGCAACCAAGCUUCCGUCUGGCGGGUUGCUUCACCCGCACGGAACUAUGGCUCAGGCAAUCAACUAUGCAGCCAUUGCUCCAGAAUCUACUGACGCUGCUGCAGGAGCGAAAGCAGUGUCGUCGAACUUCCUUCUUGGCGGACAGCGCCUGAAUGCGAAAAAGGGUAGUAAAGCCCCAACCCCAAAGCCCUCCACUCCGACGCCCGGAGCUACAAAUCCUCAACACCCCCCUCCUGUCAUGCGAACUAAUGGGACAAUGCCGCUUCGGCUUCCGCCUAAUCAGUUGUUCUUUGGGUAUGCAAUUAAGCCUGUGAAGAAGCGUAAUGAGGCUGGGCAAGUUGUCGAGGACGAGAAACCCCGCUUUCAAGGAGCUGGUCAAACAUUAAGAGGGAAGAAGAAGGAUACCGGAGGUUCUUCCACGCCCACUUAGUUCGAUGAGGUUCAAAGGAAAAAUAAUGGUUGGUGGAAAAUGCCGUCAUAAAGUCAUGUAUGUGCCGGAAUAUAGCUUGAACGCUCAGGCACCGGUGCACUGCCUGGUUUCAUUCUCUCGAUGUUGUUUCUAUUUCUUUGUCUCAGAAUACUAUGAGCAAAACGAGGACGGCUUGAUUAUAGAGCAUUAGCGUGGUAUAGGCCGGCGUUAAAUAAGGGAAUCACUUUCAUGGAACGGGGGUCUUACUUUCUUCAACAAUAGUAGGGUUGAUUUCGAUAGUUGACCAAGCCCGCCAAGUCGAUAUGGAAGAUCAAUAUUGUGCCGGUGAGAAGGCUCCACAGUAUCACAGGAGAUUACCAUGAAAUGCCGAGGACAUUGCUUAUGCUCAUUUCCGGGGCCGUAAAUUAGUGCUUGCGUUAGUUUACCAAAC